AUCCCGAUAAUAAAUUAAAUAUCAAAGAGGCCAUUGAGUAUGUAGCAGCAUCAUGGGAUAAAGUAGAUGAAUCGACUAUAGUGAAUUGUUGGAAGAAGAUGGAAAUUUUACCAAUGGUGUCGAAUGUUAAAGUUGAACUUACUCAGAACAUCCAUUUACAAUUAUUGGAAGAAGAAGAGAAUGAAAUUAAUGAAUUAUCUUACUGA